UAAAAUCCAUGGCAAAAGUGUUUGUGUGAGUUCUGCAUGAGUGUGCUCUGUUCCAGGUGUUCUCCUCAGGAUGACAGUAGAAUGUGAGCUCGCUUUUCCGUGUAGUUUAGAGAUCAAACCGAAGUGAGACACUACACCGGACCAUAUCAGUGUGUGGCGAAUCAAGGCUUUCAUUUAAAUCCACUACACACAACAGAAGGGUUUACAUGGCAGACUGUGAUGAUCCAUGCAUGCCAGAGGAACUCUUUAUGUGGAUUUAAGAGUGAAUCUGUGGACCAGGUGAGCUGUCAGACACAUGCUGAAACUAUGGACAGAACUUGGCCAGAGUGCCCAAUGCAAAAGAAGGUUAAAGUAUGUUCCUCCAAAAGAGGAAAAAGUAAGGAAAUAAAGAAGAAGAACACAGAGAGAGACCGGAAGCUGUAUCCCCUCAGGGGAAGGCAUGGAUUGGGUGAAGUGGGCACACUUAACUGCUGUGUUGUACUAACGCGUUUGGACGAGAGUGGAACUUGUAAAAACAGCAUGAAGGCCUUGCGUAAAAGUGAAGGAAAGCAGGUGAAGGAAAUGCAGGGAAAGGUGAAAAUCUGCAAGUGUCGCAAGAAAGCCUGUAAAUCUUGCCGGUCAGCGCCUGAACCAAAAAGCAAAGUGAAACCUGAUAAAUAUGCCUUAUAUACAGAAUUCAUCCCAGAACCACGCCAGAGGCGACUGGCCUCUCUGAAUGCAGAAGCAGUUAACAGUCUGCUUUUGGACAGAGAUGACCCACAGCAAACAUCAAAACCCUCCAAGAAGCAGCAACAGACAAAAGGGGGCGGUUCUCUCUCGAAAGAUGCAGUAAAAGAUAAUGAUUGCUCUAGAAAAGGGCAAGACAACCGCAAACGUGUGUGUACAGGAGAUACAGAACAACGAAAAAACCCUAAAAAGGCAAAGACAGAGAUCGAGGGUAUUGAUUUACAGAAUCUUAAUAGUCGAACUCCGAAACGACUCGCAGGAUUAACUGCUGCCACCCUGCUCAAGCUGACCAGCACGUCCUCAGAAAUGAAACGCAGAGGUAAAACAGACAGUAAACCAAGCAGCGCAGGAUCGCGAGGAAAACAGCUUAAGGCUAAAUCGCGUAAACAGCAGCUCAACUUGCCCUGCCAGUCCGAGCUAAAAGUAUCGCAGCAAUGCUGCAGCCUCUGUGAGAAGCAAGCCCUCCACUGGGAUGGGAGUACAGGAAGCCAUGGCUUCAUUAGCCCUGGAUAUCAGUGCAGAUCCAUGCUUGGCUACCCCCUGAAGCCUGUGAAGGAAGAGAAAACAGAGACUGAUGUGAAAUCAUAUUACUGCUGUUCCCAGGAGAGAUCAGUGGAGUACUGCCAUAGACUAGCCCUGUUCCUUGGUCAGAAAGCCUAUCCUGAAACGGAUGAACAUUCAAUAAAAGGGUUUAUACCUUCUUCUCAUACCCUGAGCCAUCCAGCAAUGCCGAUGCCCAUCCCAUGUUACUCUGGGUACUAUGUCCACAUUGCCCACCAUGGCACUCCACCGCAUCCUGUUAGCUCAAAUCCUGGGACCCAUGCACCCUCGACACUGUGCCCCACUGGGGUCCAAAGACCCAAACUGCUGCCCUCUUCAGUGUCCCAUACGACGGGGAUCCCUCAUCCGGCAUACUGUAAUUCUGUUGGGACCUGCUGUGGAGAACCCUGCAGGCUCAGCAGCUAUACCUACAGACCCACUCAACCCAUCACUAGCAGGGGAUGCUCAUACAAUCCAGAAUGCUCAAGCUGCAUGCACAAAAUGGAAACAGAACACAAAGAAAGAUAUUUACACUUCCAAGCUCCAAAAAGGACAAAAAGGCCUCAUAAAGAAGACUAUUCUUACCCGCUGGAUGAUCACAGCUCAUCUUUCAGCAUGCCUUCUGCCUUGCCCCUCUCCAUCUGCCCCAUCUCUAGCGUGCCUCCACCCACCCAGUCAGUGCCCCACCUGCAGUCACCGCUUCCCGACAGUGGUCGGCCACAGGUGCAGAUAAGAGUGGGUCGGGAGUGCCCUCAGAGGGCCAAGGCACCCAGUGGCUCUUGUUCGGGGAUGCGGGACUCUGCUGUUUUCCCUCACAUUAAGGAUGGCCAGCUGGGAGCAGGCCAUGGGAGUACCGCUGCCAAGCAGUCUAAGAUCAACCAUCACCAGGCAACAAACGGCUGGCUGCCUGUUGGUGUGGCAACAAAAAAGGAGGUAUUCAUCGUGGCUGAGGACUCAACAUCGCUGCGUAGGUGCUAUGAAGGUGUGCAGAGGGAUGGAGAGGUGAUCAGGGUCAGAGACACAGUACUGCUGCGCUCAGGUCCCAGGAAGAAUUCCUUGCCUUAUGUGGCCAAAGUCUCUGCCUUCUGGGAAGACCCUGAGUCAGGGGAGCUGAUGAUGAGUUUGUUUUGGUACUACCGCCCAGAACACACUCAGGGGGGCCGCAAUCCCAGUAUGCACUGUGAGAAUGAGAUUUUCGCAUCUCGGCAUCAGGACGAGAACAGUGUGGCAUGUAUCGAGGAUAAGUGCUAUGUAUUGACAUUAGCACAGUUCUGUAGAUUUUGUGCCUUGAUGAAGUGUCGUGAGGAGGGCUUUCCCAGACGUAGCCCCCUGGUCCCUCCCUCUAACUAUGUAAUUCCAGCUCAUCGUUGUGUGCCCAGUGACAUAGAUCCUGACCUGGUGUUCGUCUGCCGCCAUGUUUACGACUUCCGUUAUGGCCGUCUGCUGAAAAACCUUCAGUAGGUCUGACAAGAGGAAGGGAUGCAUUGAUGGAGCCAUACACUGAAACCCGAAUCCAAAAGUCAUGACACAAAGUCCUAUCAACUGGAUGCCACAGGAGAGGCCACAAGACUUUGAAGGAGUUGGGUUAUUGCUGUUGCUUUCCAUUUUCUUUUCAGGAUAAAUGCUCUCUGUGUAGCACUCCCUUGUGACUUUGUAUAAUGGCAUUCUGAGCACAACUACCUUGAGUUGAAAGGUACCGAUCGCCAAAAUGUGAUUUUUCACUCCAUGAAUUUGAGUAUUUAUUUUUGCAGUUAUCUUUUAUAUUUGCUGUACGAGUGUAUAAAGAAUAAAAAAGAUUAAUGCAGGUACAUUAAGAAUUACCUUGAAUUAUGAUCUCUUUGGUAGUAAAAGCACCCUUAUUAAGCCUAAUUAUCUGUAGAUGUAAGGUUGAAAAUAUUUAUUUUUAGAUAAAUCCAACACAAGCUCCUUUUAGGACCAAGAGUUUUUCUUCCUUGAAUCAGAUCCAUGAUGCAUUGGCCAAUCAGUCUUUUAUUAAAUUGUCAUAACAGGGUGUGGAGAUUCACAGACAUACUGUGGUGGACCAAAUAUCCUAGAAAACAUUUGAUUAUCAAAUAUAAGUGGUUAACAUACUGCUAUAAUGAGCUUUUGUCCUCCUGUUGCCCGUCAUGACUUGCCUUAUAUCCUACACCAAGUUGAAUCCCCAUUUUCUGCCUUCCCAGCAAACCAAAGGUUAUCACACCACUCCUUAACAUCCUGAGCCUCCACCUUAUAGCAUCUCCACUAGUUUGCACUAACUUAUCAUACACCAAGUCAGCAGUUAUUACUCUGCUCAAAAUGUCACCUGCUACUGAUCUCCAAUGCAGGAAAAUACUGUGUAUUUGUUGUAUGUGUACAAAAAGAAAUGAGAGAACUAAUCUUAGUGCGGGAGGCGCUCGGGAACUGUCAGUUACAAAUGUGAAUAGACAAACUUUAUCUCAUGCUCACAGGCCUGCUUUCAGCGUGUGCCCUUUGCUUCUCGUCCUACAUGGUAGUUUUGUUACCAGAUCGCUAAUUAAGAUUUGAGAAAGCUGUUUUAUAUGGUCUGUUUGUGCCUUUAAUAGUUAACAGUCUGGAAUGUGAAGAAAUAAUAGUGUCAAUGGUUUUGUUUUGUUUUCUCAAGCCUUUUUUUAAUUGUUUUUGGCCUGCUUAUUUUGCACCACAUUGUUAUCUGUGCUAUAAAGCUAAGAUAAGAUUGUCUGACCUCACUAUGCUGACCUUCACACUCCCUCGUUUGAACGCAAAUGUUUUGUUGUUUGUUUUGAAAAUCAUAAGUCAUCUCAAGCUGGCUUCACAAAAGACUACAUUUAAAGAACAUCAGCUUGGAGGUGAUUUUGUACUCACAUUGUUUCCCUAAAGGUUAAUAUCUUAUGGUUGAGGAGACCUCUAAUGGUUUGGUUUGUUUUUUAUGUAUAAAGACUGUCCUAAGUUAACAAUCUUUUUAUGUUAAAAUGCGCUUUGUUGAUGUAUUCAAUAGAAUCCAUUCCUUUCGAGUUGUUGAGAUCUUGAGUGAAUGCUAAUCAAUCAAAAUUGAUUAUAUCAUUGUGAAGUUAGGAUAUGAAUUCUGUCUAACCCUUUCCAUAUCAUCCCCCACUUUAGUCGUGUUGACCAAAAUAUUAAAAAAACAGAAGUUAAAUAAUCUUGUCACAGUAUCUUCCGUUCUGUUUUCUCAGUUAUCACGGUAAAUGUCAUCUCCUACUAUAGUGUCAGAUUUAGACAUGUAUAAUGCCAUAGCGGUUUUGCGGAACAUUUAAGCAGCUUUGGUUGGCAGUGUGGUUGGGUAGACUCUUAAAUGGUUGCUGUUUGUGUGAAAAUUAAGUAUUUUUGAAAUGUAUGCUUCUCUAGCAGAAUGUUCUGGAUAAGAAAUAUAUCAGUGUGUACCAAAAUGUUGAAAAAGGGGGGAGAGGAUUAAGUUAAUUCCUCUGUAUACAAAACUGACCAUGAAUUCCAAGUUCUUUGCUCCUUUGAUGUGUGGCUGUUUGUGUGUAUGUGGGUGAGCGUCUAUACAAAUAUAUAUAUAUAUAUAUAUAUAUAUAUAUAUAUAUAUAUAUAUAUAUAUAUAUAUAUAUAUAUAUAUCAGUGCAGCAUGGAAGUACUGGGCAUUCUUUGAAAUUAUAAAUAUAGCACAGCGCAUUUGUAUUAUUUAAGAUAGAAAUGUAUAUUAUAAGAGGAAAAUAUUUAAAAUGAAUAAAUAAUAUAUGAGCAUCAA